UCUGUGAACACGGACAAGUUAGAGAGACUAAAAUGGCCAGAACCAAGCAGACCGCGCGUAAAUCCACCGGAGGAAAAGCUCCCAGGAAGCAGCUGGCCACCAAGGCUGCCCGUAAGAGCGCCCCGGCCACCGGCGGAGUGAAGAAGCCCCACCGCUACAGGCCCGGUACCGUGGCUCUCCGAGAGAUCCGCCGCUACCAGAAGUCCACCGAGCUGCUGAUCCGCAAGCUGCCCUUCCAGCGCCUGGUGAGGGAGAUCGCUCAGGACUUCAAGACCGACCUGCGCUUCCAGAGCUCCGCCGUCAUGGCUCUGCAGGAGGCCAGCGAGGCUUACCUGGUCGGCCUCUUCGAGGACACCAACCUGUGCGCCAUCCACGCCAAGAGGGUCACCAUCAUGCCCA